CCAUGGUCUGAGUAAGUUAAGGAUGGACGUUGUGUCUUCUGAGACUGUCCUUGAGUCUCUUAGAGUCGAGACCUCAUCCACGAAGCAGCAACCAUGGAUCCCAUGAAGGUAGGAAUCAUCGGCUACGGAUUUUCUGUCAAGUGUUUUCAUCUUCCAUUCAUUCAAUCCCUUUCAGAGUACAAGGUCGUCGCCUUCUUUCAGCGUGCAGAGGCGCCGAAAGACCCAAAAUCUGCCGAGUCGGGCUCACACUGCACCGUCGACCACCCGGAGGCCAAGCACUACCGCACAGCCGACGAGUUCUUCGCCGAUAAGGACGUCGAGGUCGUUAUUGUCUGCAGCAAGCAGGACACUCAUGCCGAGUAUGCUGAGAAGGCUCUUCUAACUGGCAAGCAUGCUGUCGUCGAAAAAGCAUUCACCAGGACCACCGAGGAGGCAGACCACCUCAUAAAACUAGCCAAAGAAAAGGGGUUAAUCUUGACGGUCUUCCAGAAUCGAAGAUGGGAUUCAGACUUCCUCACCCUCUCCCACCUCACCAAGCACGACGCCCUAGGCGAGAUCAACGAAGCCGAGAUCCACUACGACGUCGACUUCCCCUUCUGGAUGCGCGGCAUGACGGCCAAAAAGUACACGCCAGGCGACGGCCUGAUGUUCGGUCUGGGAAGCCACACCAUCGACCAAGCCCUCCUACUCUUCGGCCCACCUAAAUCCAUAACAUGCUUUCUGCGUGUCUUGAGGGGCGUCGACAGCGAAAUCGAAGACUCCUUCACACUGAUCCUACAGUACGACAGUCCGCUACUGGUCACGGUCAAGACGAAUAUCGCUUCAUGCAUGCGCGAUGGCGAUCAGCCUAAGUACUUUGUCCGUGGAAGUAAAGGGUCUUAUGUCAAGCACACCACAUGUAUUCAAGAACAACAAGUCUUUGACGGCAUGAAACCCACUGACCCGAAGUUUGGUGUUGAAGAUGCUUCACUAAACGGCCUUCUGACGACGAAUGAGUCCUUUGACAAGACUCAAACCCAUGACUCCAAAUCGAAGAAGUAUGUCGGUCGAUAUCCCACGAUUCCAGGACGGUGGUUGGGUUUCUACGAGAAUCUCGCGCAGGCGAUCCGGGGCAAGGCCGACGUAGCCGUGAAGCCAGAGCAGUCGAGAGACGGCAUCAAAAUCAUGGAGCUGGCAAGGCUGAGUCAUGAAAAGGGGCAGACAAUCCCUUGGGGUUAACGCUUGAGCAGAUUGACAUGCCAAAUGUUUCGAUCGUGCGAUCAAAGGCCUCUGUUCAGCUUCUGAAAUUACCCAUCCCGUGACUGUACUGUUUCUCCUGACUCUCUCAACCGCUUGCGGGACAUUAGCC